UGGUUCUAAACAGAGUGACCUACAUUCUCUUAAAAAACUUCAUCCACGGCAGCCCAAACUCCGCCCAAACAGCCUCUCUGGCCACCGUCAUGGAAAGCACGGACGAACUCAAGAGGGUGUUCGAUCAAUUCGACGCCAACAAAGACGGUCAAAUCUCUAUUACGGAGCUCCGCGACGUAUUGAAGGCAAUGGGAUCCAACUACUCAGAGGAAGAGCUCAAGCGUGUCAUGGAAGACAUCGAUAGCGAUCAAGACGGUUACAUCAACUUCUCCGAAUUCUCCACUUUCUGGUCCGCUUCUUCCGACGCCGUUAACGCCGCUUCGGAGUUGCGCGAGGCCUUCGAUUUGUACGAUCAGAACAAGAACGGCUUGAUCUCGGCAACCGAGUUGCACCAGGUCUUGAAUCGGCUGGGGAUGACGUGUUCGGCCGAUGAUUGCGUCGGGAUGAUCAAGUCCGUCGAUUCGGACGGCGACGGGCACGUUAAUUUCGAGGAGUUUCGGAAGAUGAUGAAUGCUUCUUCGAUUCCCAGCAAUGGCGACGGAUCUAAGCCGUAGGAUAUACGGUGAUUAAUUGAUUCAAAAAACGUGGAUCAAAGGUAGCGUUCUAGAGAUUUUUCUUAGCUUGUUUUUCAUAUAUAACCGUUCAUAAUAUGUUCUACUUGUUCAGUUCUCUCAGCUUUAUCGAAUUAAAUGAAAAAUGCUUUGGUUCCAUUA